AUGUGUGCAAAUCUCACCUCCUCGGUUUCCGUGCCUAUUGCUGAGUUCUAUCCGGAACGUCGAAUACUGAUCGAUUGGUGUUUUGCCAUUUCUUACGACUUGCCCAGCGACUUGAGCUCGUUUUACAGCAUACCCAUAUGGCCGGGUUUUGCAAACUAUCAAACCAAGCGGGAACUACCUCGCACUGACAACAAUGAACUAAGCUUGUAUGCGAAAUAUGGUUACAAUGCAUUGACACAAACACAUCCCAAGGACUUCUCAGCUGGCGAGCUUUAUGCAAGCAUUGAGGAUGCAUUCAUCUCAUAUGGAUUCCAUGAGACCUGCCUCUUGCGCAGCGUUUGUGAGCUGGCGAAGCAUCCAUUCGACGAUAUGCAUCAGCACAUACUUAUUGAUAUUUUGACGUUUAUAUUGAGUCCAACACAGCAUGAUGGUUUUCUGGAAAGUGAGCAUGUCUAUAAGCUAGCCUACGAACAGGCAGAGCUUUAUGGAUUUCUUGGCAACGAUUGCGGCCAGCUCUAUGCGCAUUGCAAACACGAUAUCUUGGGACUUAUUAGCAAUGUCAUGUUCCACAAUGAUUAAAUAACACUGAAUAAUCAGCACGUGAUGUAAACUGUAA